GGCAAACAUAGAAUGAAUGCGAUGAUGAUAUGGAAAGUUCAUUUUAAAAUUAUGUUUACCGUUUAGUUUUGAUCCUUGAGCAUCCUCAUAUGGUCCUAUGAUGAUAAGUUUGAUACAUAAAUGGUAGUCUUUGCUGCAUUGUUUCAAGACCCUGUAGCACGCCAGUGUUCUAGUCAUGAGUGACAAUACAAUCCAGACACAAGAGCUCACCCUCAUUCCAGGAUUUGAAAGCCUGGGUCUGCGUGUCAAUCCACAAACAAACAAGUUACAAAUAAAGUACAAGAAGGCAGUCCAGUUUGACAUCUAUAAACACCAGUCUGGUCCUCACAGGAGUGCCCUCCUCAACCUCAGGGCCGUUUUCGAGUAUCAAGAUGGCAACAUCUACAGGAGCAUUGAACUGUUUGAAAAAUCCUGCAAACUCGACCUGACCAACCUCAAUGCUCUAGCAAGCUUGCAGUAUGUUUAUCAAGAAGUGGGUGUCUCUAAGAGGGCAGCAAAGUAUAGAGAAAAACUAGAACAGUUGCAGGGAAACCCAACCUGCAGAGCCAGGUCUUUCUUUGAACAGGGCUACAUGAUAGCGUUUGAUGUUUUUGUUGAAGCUCAGGGUGUGACUGGGAUACAGGCCCAUGCUUACUACUUGAAGGCAUUGGAGAUGGUGCACAGAAAAGAAGUGGUCAUAGAUCUUAGAGAAUUAUUAGAAUGCACAAGCCUGGGCAAGUAUUGCACAUCUGCUGAGUAG